CCUAGAAAGAAAGAGAGAGAGAGAGAAAUGGGGGUGCAAAUGGUAUUUCAGAUCAUUUUGCUAUUGUUUUCAAUUGAUGCAAUAUUUGUACAAGCAGUGGAUUUAGCAAGUAAUAAUAGUUCAUGUCAAAGAAGCUGUGGGAAUGUUAGCGAUAUCCCAUUUCCUUUUGGAAUGGGAGCUGCAGGUUGCUACGUUGAUGAGUGGUUUGAAGUAGUUUGCAAUUAUAACAACUCUUGGGCAUCCCCCAAACCUGUUUUGAAGAAGUUCGACUUGGAGGUGCUCAACAUUUCAUUAUUAGAAGGCACAGUUCGUGUCAACUAUCCUACAUUUGUUGCGUGUGCUGAUGAAGGACGUGAUAAUGGUUUAUGGAGCAAAUUAAAUACGGAGUUAGCAACAAGCCCUUUCAUCUUCUCCCAGUCCCAGAACAGAUUGAUCGCCAUCGGCUGCGACAUCUUUGCCUCAAUGGUGUACGUGUAUACUACUGAUAAUGGUUCAUUUACUAGUGGUUCAGCAGUUAAGGCUGGGUGCAGAUCAACUUGUGACCGUACUAUCAUUGAAUUGGUAAAUGCAAGUAGUUGCAAUGGCAUCAACUGCUGCCAAGGCACAAUUCCUACAUAUCUCGAUACCUUCAAUAUAAGUAUGGAGCCAACAAAUAAAAGCGGUUACAAUUACGAAAGAUGCAAGUCUGCAUUCUUGGUGGAAGAAAAGUGGUUCCAAAAACGUUCAAUUAAUGGUAGCUCCAUUAUGUCGCAGGUUCCUGUGGUGUUGGAAUGGAGGAUUCCUAAUACAUCAUUCUACUCACUUCCAAAAUCCUAUAUUAAUGCCUCCACCUCCACCGCUUAUAAUAAUACGUUCCCAAGCUACAAUUGUUCUAAUAUUAUUUACCUUCCUUCUUCUUCUUAUUAUUAUUAUAACUUGGCCUCGACUUAUACAUGUUCUUGCGCAAAUGGCUUUGAAGGAAAUCCCUAUCUUCUUGAUGGAUGCCAAGAUAUUAACGAAUGCGAGCGCUCAAACCCUUGUUCCCUGUACAAUUCAGCCGGGAGUGUCCAGUACUACUGUGAAAAUACUCAUGGGUCUCACCGUUGUAGGACUGGCCCCACCAAGUCUAAUGGAAAAGCGGCCACGAUAGGGCUUAUCAGUGGCGGUCUUGGGUUAUUGGUUAUACUUGUUGGUGGAUGGUGGUCCUACAAAUUGAUAAAGAAAAGGAGGAUGAUUAAACAGAAGAACAUCUUCAAACGAUUGUUAAAACAACACUUGUCUUCACAUGAAGCCAAUGUUGAGAACACCAAAUUGUUUAAUUUUAAAGAUUUGGACAAGGCCACUGACCAUUUUAAUGUGAAUAGAAUACUUGGCCAGGGAGGACAAGGCACUGUUUACAAAGGUAUGUUGGUGGAUGGAAGAAUCGUUGCUGUGAAAAAGUGCAGAGUAAUUGAUGAAGGAGAACUCAAAGAAUUCAUUAAUGAAGUUGUCAUUCUUUCACAAAUUAACCACAGGAAUGUGGUUAAGCUGAUUGGUUGUUGUUUGGAGACCGAAGUUACUCUUCUAGUUUAUGAAUACAUUCCUAAUGGAACGCUUUUCCAAUAUGUUAACGGACAAAUUGAGGAGUUUCCACUAACAUGGAAUAUGCGCUUGCGAAUUGCAACUGAAGUAGCAGGAGCUCUCUUUUACUUACACUCAGCAGCUUCCUCGCCCAUUUAUCAUCGGGAUAUUAAGUCUACAAACAUACUCUUAGAUGAAAAGUACAGAGCUAAAGUAGCUGAUUUUGGGACUUCAAGAUCCAUCACUGUUGAUCAAACUCACUUAACCACACUAGUGCAUGGCACUUUUGGAUACUUGGACCCUGAGUAUUUCCAAUCAAGCCAAUUUACAGAAAAGAGUGAUGUUUAUAGUUUCGGCGUUGUUCUUGCUGAGCUGUUAACUGGCGAAAAAGCAAUCUCUUCAACAAGGAUGCAAGAAUCCAAAAGUUUAGCGACAUAUUUCAUUCAAUCCGUGGAGGAGAACAAUUUGUUUGAUGUUCUUGAUAGUCAAGUUUUGAAGGAAGGUAAAAAAGAAGAGAUCAUUGCGGUCGCAAACCUUGCAAAAAGGUGCUUGUACUUAAACGGGAAGAAACGGCCCACAAUGAAAGAAGUCGCAAAGGAGUUGGAGAUGGUACAAAUGCCACAAAAAGCUCAUAACCUUCAACAAAACUAUGAAGAGCUUGAAUAUGAUCGAGCAGAAAUGUACGAGCCAUCGGAUGCUGAAUCCAAAUCAACAAUGUCAACCUCAUCCGGAGACGUCCAACCAUUAUUACCUUACCAAUCUGCAUGAAUCAGUAUUUGUUUGAUGCCAUUUUAUAGGCUAAAUAAUUUUCUGUUUACGUUGUAAUUUUCAAAAAUCAUCUAAGAACAUGGAUUAACCAUAUCCAAUUCUAAUGAUAGUAUAAGAUAGCAAAAAGCUCCAUGUUCAAGGAUCUAUUUUUGUUGUUGGUGAUACAUUGAAUAGUCACCCUAGCAGCG